AUGGGAGCUCAGAAUAUCUCCCCUCGCGACACCUCAGGUCCCUCAGAUCGCGGUCGACGAAGAAGUCGUUCGCCUGCAGACGAUGGUGCUGAGCAUGACAUGAAGGCUGAAGGAAACCAAGAUGGACCAAAUGGCGCAUCUUCCAACUCAGACGGCCCCGGUCCUGGCCCCGCCAGAAAAAGAAGACGGAGUCGAAAAGGUCUAGACAAGAGGUUUGAAUGUAGUGCCGAAGGAUGUGGGAAGAGUUAUUCGAGAGCGGAGCAUUUAUAUCGACAUCAACUGAACCACAACUCGAAACAAACAUAUCAUUGCACUUUUCCUAACUGCACACGCACUUUUGUUAGAGGAGACCUUCUCAAAAGACAUAUGGACCGACAUGCUGCAAAAGGCUCACAGCUUAACCAAAGGGAUUCGAUGGCGGGACAUAUGACGCCAGUUAUUGCUCCAGGCCAACCUCCUAACUUCAGUCGGAAUAAUUCAAUCGAUUAUUCAAAGUCUCAACAAACAAAUAUGACUUACCAAACACCGCAAGUUCCAACGCCAAACCCUUACUCGCCUAUGGCAAGUACGCCGACGGGAAUGUAUCCCAGCGGGCCUAUGCCCAACAAUAUGGAUAGUUACAUGUCUCCUACCCAAGGAUACGAUAAUCGCACGCCGCAGCUUAGCCAGCCACAAUCGCCAUCCAUGUCGCAGAGACCAUCAAUAUCAGCUGACAACUCACAGUACAACGUGAUGUCUCCUGUUCAUAAUCAGCAAGGCUUUCCAGCCCAUCAGAACAUGUCACAAAACACGUUCAUCAGCCAGCAGAAUGUUAUGCCCAUGAAUUUGCCCCCAGCACAGUACUCCAACGGGCAGAACUCUGUCGUCGUCACCACAGCGGAAUACUCGGAACCAGGAACAACUCAGCCAAGCGAAAUGAUGAUGCUGGACCAGAUGUCUAUGCCUGCCACGGUACCUGUUUUCGGAGAGGGAGGUGAUAUGAACAAAUCACCAUACGUCGGGAUGCCUGAGGAUUUCAUGGCAUAUCUCUUCAACUCCCCAAGCCAAGCCAUGACGCCGGUAAUGGGUCCGAAUUACACAAAUUAUGCGGAACUGCAAGGAAACCAGUUCAAUGUCUCGCUCUUGGGUACUGACAGCAAUUCUCUUGGAUAUUUUCCAACUGCUCCCCAGCAAAUAAUGGCUGUCAACAACCUUCUUGAUCAGCAAGUUCCUGAGGCUUCGAUAUCCGAGGAAAAGAGUCAAGAACUGUUCGACUUCAUCAAAGAACGCUUCCAUGACAAUAAACAUGCCCCACCUGAUCGUCAGUGGGCCGAUAUACUCGAGGGCGAUCGUUCGAAUGGCGAGCAUAUGCUAAGUAAGAGGAUGAUGCAAGCUUACAUCGGUUCAUACUGGUACCAUUUCAGUGAUCAGAUGCCUAUACUACAUAAGCCUACCUUCUCUCCUGACAAAACACCAAACCUCCUGCUGCUUUCUAUGAUGUCCAUCGGAGGGGCUUGUCUGGACCGAACACAUGGGCAUAAGGUGACGAGAGCGAGCGCACAGCUCGCCAACUUUCUUGCAUGGCAUUUGCGUUGGGAUAUCUUCAUGGAUGUCAGUUUCCGGCCACCCGCCAAGCUGUGGAUUUUCCAGGCGUUGAUUCUGCUUGAACUGUAUGAAAAGAUGUUUGCGACAAGAGAACUCCACGAACGGGCGCACAUCCACCACGCUACAACCAUUACUCUAAUGCGAAGAGGACGGUCCCUGAUCGGCAAAUCUGCAUUAGAUUCUCCGCCGAACCCUCGCGAUGGAUCCAUCGGGUCUAGGCAGUCUUCCACAUCCAGCUCGACUGGAACGGCUGAUAAAUGGUGGGAGCAUUGGGUCACAAACGAGGCGACUAGACGUGCAGCUUUCGCAGCAUUCAUUGUCGAUUCAAUCCACGCCACAAUGUUUGGGCAUUCAGCAGUUAUGGUAGCCCACGAGAUGCGAUUACCUCUUCCCUGUGACGAGUCGAUGUGGCGAGCCGGAAGCAGUUCUGAAGUCUGGAGGAUCGAAUCAAACUUGAUGUCGAACGGCAUUAAACCAACUUCUUUCUUGGAGGGUCUCAAACGAACUUUGAGCGGCCAGGACGUUCACACUACUUCCUUUGGCAGAACCGUUCUCAUGACAGGCCUUUUGAGUGUCUCAUGGCACAUGCACCAGCGAGAUCUUCAGGUCAACGUCCUGGGUGGGGGUAUCAUACAGGCUUUGGGUGGACGUGACCGAUGGCGGGCCACUCUUACUCGCGCAUACGACACCUGGAAGGCAGGUUUCGACAAACACCUGGAACGAAGUGAAGCAUCCGACCCGUACCGUGAUGAUGCUACAAAGAGACAAGAGUUCAAUGUUGUGUUUGAGAGCCGGACUGUUCUGCAUCAUCUGGCUCAUAUGGCGAUGCACGCUGAUAUUGUGGAUUGUCAAAUGUUUGCUCGAGCAAAACGUUUGCUUGGUCGAACAAUCGGGCCCCAGGAGUUCAAUAGUGCUCAAAGGCGUAUCAAAGACCACUGGGCACAUUCAGCACGGGCACGAGAUGCAGCCUUUUACGCCAUCAAAUUCCUGUGCUCAGUUCUGGCUCCUGAUCAAGUAUCGCCAGCACAUGCGGGUGGCUACCACCUGGAUGAGCCUUACGACGCCCGCGAUGACGUUCUCCUAAAUAGGCCAUGGGUUAUGUACUUCGCUGCUUUGGUCGUCUGGAGUUACGGAUUCGCACUCGAAGGCCCUUGUCCAAACAUCCCGUUACCGACCACAAGGCAAGAGAAGCUGCAGCAUAUGAGAAACUAUUUCAUCAAAUUCGGUGGUAUCGAUAGUCCAGGCGCUCUUCAGGGGAGAUCUGGAGUGAACGCCAAUACGGCCGUUCUUAUGGUCCUUAAGGACACUUUCCAGACUACGCGUUGGGAGUUGCUCCAUGAAGGAUCAGCUCUUUUGAGCAAUUGUAUCAUCCUCAACCAAGGCGGAACGAUCGAAUAG